GCCCGAGUAUUGCCGAGCCGACCCAAAGUUGUGCUCCGGCACAACCAAAGAGGAUUUUUUUGUUCAUUAAAGUUAAAAUACAAGAAAUGCGAUAAACUAUUAAAACGGAGGGGCGCCGGAAAAGAAGGGCAAAAUACGGCAGUUUCCGGGUGAAAACAGAAGGUUGACAGAUAUGCACAGUGCACGAACAAUAUUGUAUUUAUUAACAAUCCACAUUCGUACGGAUUUUAAUAGUGUUCUACUGAUAACUUAUAUCAUACAAUAAUAUUCAUAACUUAUUUUUAAUUGUGCAGGUAGGAUUCUGCUCCAACUUCUUCAGGCAACACGGAAGCGAAAGUAAAACUUUUUUGUAUGGUUCCGGACUUCGGUACGUCUGUCAGUGGAGUGUGAGCAGGCUUUGUGUCCCAUUAUGAGCUCCUUUAACGCUCUUUUACUGGGCAUAUCCGACCAGCUGAACAGCCAACAGCUGGAGAAACUGAAGUUUCUGUGUAGGACAAUGGUGGGGAAGAGGGAGGCCGAGAAGAUCACCAGUGGACUGCAACUGUUCUGUUGUUUGAUUGAGCGAGGCCAGCUAAAACAAGAUCAAACUGAGUUGCUGUCGCAAUUUCUCAAAGAAAUUGAACGACAGGAUCUGGCGGACAAGUUGGAAAACUUUCACACACCUGAGGAGUGUACAAGCAACCAACCAUGCCCGGCGGAGAAAGCUAAACUGGACAUCGCCACCAACGUGAUUGCUGAGAAUCUAGGAAGGACCUGGCGGAAACUGGGACGGAAACUGGGUUUGAGUGAAAGUAAACUGGAUUCUGUGGCUGCGAGGUAUCCCACCGAUCUGGAAGAGACGGCGAGAGAGCUGCUGAAGGAUUGGAGGAAGAGUCGUGGCGCUGAGGCUCUUGCCAAAGACUUGAUCGAGGCGCUUAGAGCGUGUCAGCAAAACCUCACAGCUGAUAAAGUGGAGGACAGAAUCGCAUGCAUUUGAUGGUCAGGAAGACUUGAGAGAUGAAUGAAAAUGUAAACCAAAUCAAUUGAAGAAUGUUGUAUGAAAUAUUUGAAAGGAUUUUCCGGUGUAAAUAAAUCAGCAUUGCGCAUUGUAAAAUACAGGGAUGUGUAUUUGUGUGCAUGCUAGUUUUGUAUGCAGCAGCUAUUUGCAGAGAUUGGAGAAAGUCAGUGUUUAGCAAGUCUCAAGGCUUUCAUCCCAAAGUGUGAACAUCCAAGUCAAGACAAGACAGGUCGAGUCAAGUCAAGUUAUAGGCCUGAAAUUUUGGAGUACUUACAAGUCACAAGCACUGUUUAUGAAAUAAAGGUAAUUAUUUUCUUAGUAUAACAUAAUACAUAUAUUGAUUGGUUUGGUUUGGUUUGGUUUGAUGGGCAAAAUACUGUGUAAGCCACUUGUU